AUGGUGUCGCCUGCUCACUACGCCGAAGCCGCUGCUACGAGCACGGGAUGGAUUCCUUUCCACCAGACCCACCAACCGGUCAAUAAGCAGAAGGUCGUCGAGAACCAUUAUGGCAGCAGCUCCGAAUUCAAGCCAAUUCGAGGAACUUCUGUUGAUUUAGGCCAUACGUCACGCGAUCCUAACGCGUGCGGCGUCAAGGGAGGCAAGAAGCGCGAUGCGGGCACCUUCAAGCGGGGAGGAGCGGAGGCGAGACCCGGAGAAUGGUGCUGGCAUGCUGCCAUCGUAGAUCGCAAAAAUCAAUACCUGUGCAACGGCGCUCUUAUAAGUGCCCAGUGGGUGUUGACCACGGCCAACUGUGUCUACAACCACACCGACGUCACUGAGAACAUAUACGUGCGAGUGGGUUACACCGACAUCGUGAGUCCCUACAACCCUCCAGGUGCUCAGACCAAGACGGUGGCCAAAGUCUACGCGCACCACAGCUUCCAAGCAGAAACCCUAGCGAACAACAUCGCUCUUCUCAAGCUCAAGGACAUCGUGCAACUGAACGAUGCCGUGUGCGUGGUAUGCCUGCCAACCACCAAUACAAACUACAGCGAAGAGGACUCGCCCAGUUCCGCAGACAUAGAACGGUGCGUUGUUACAGGCUACGGGACAAGUGUAUCGGAAGACGACCUCCGAUUCACGUACCCAACCCUCCGAGAGGCUCCCGUGAUUGCUUUAGAAGAAGAUGAUGUGUGCCACGCUUGGCAGUCCCGCGCUCGGCAGCUGAAACUUGACCUGGAGGUAAAAGGCAGCACGUUCUGCGUGGGCGAAGGUGAUGUCCAAAAUGACUGCGUCGGAGAUCCUGCCAGACUCAUGGUGUGCCCGAGCAAGGAAAACUUCUACGAAAUAACUGGCCUGUCGUCAAAGGGACUCGCGUGUGGUGGUCCGGAUGCCCUAUCUGUCUACACGAACGUUUCCUCCUACUCUGGUUGGAUAAACCAAAUUACAAACAUCAACCGCUUCUGA